CAGGCGCGCUGCGAGUGCUUCUCUCACAUCCACCACCACACCACACGCCUCGACCACCAUCAUUCCUUCCCUUGCGACCGCCGUCCGUUAGUCUGCCAGUUGCAUCUUUCGCCGCACUCACCAUUCUUGCCUGCCUGCCUGCCUGCGCAUUUCUGCCCCUUCGCCCGCCCGACCGCAGCCUACAGAGCGACACACCACGCCCUCGUCGCACUCGUCACCGCCGGGAGCCCCCUAAUCUCCAACUUGCCGACGAUUGCCUGCGCACGCCCACGCCCUCGCACGCAUCAUCAUCAUAUAGCGCGUGCACGCCCGCAGCCUGCCAUCGACCUUGCGACGAUCUCGUCUGCUGCUGCUGUCGCCAACACCACCCGCAACGACAUCUGACUCGGGUACGCGCUGACUCUCACCGCACCACGCACACACACACAACACUCUCGCCCUCUCGCCCGACGCCUCCCACACGUCAGGACUCACUCGGCAACAAAGCGCGUCUCUGCUCUUCAUCUUUCGGCGGCACUCUACGACAAAGACUGCAUUGUUGCGGCAGCUGGCUCUGGCACUCAGACAAGACAAGGCUAUUUCUUUGUAAUCUUAUAAUUUUACACCUUACAGCUACGCCGAGCCCUUUGACACCGACCGGCGGCCUAAUUCUGGCGUGUUCGACCACACGUCCAGCACCAUCUGUCUAAUCAGUCCUCUCACACAAGAGCGAUUCUGUUCCGGUCAGCUGUAUCGUCUCCCCACAGCAGCGCCCAACACCAGCACGCUUUCACGACUUCCGAUUUCUACGCACUACUACAGGAACGCAUACAUAUCUGAUCGAGAAUGAGCAUUGGCACUGGCGGCAUUGCUCAAAUGACUUCUUACAACAACAACAACAAUAACUCCAACAACGCCUUCCCUUCAAAUGGUCUUGGUCUUCCCGGUUCUGGCUUCAGCGGCGCACGAGGCCAGCGUCAGAACACCAAGCGGUUGAGCGUGGCUCUCCCGCCCCGUGUUGCUCCCAUUAGCGAGAACUCGACCGACAACCCAACUCCACGCACCAGCCGUUCGCACCUGCUUGCAGGUCUCCGCACCCAGCCCAAGACUCCAUCGGUCCCGGCUUCCGCUCCUUACCACCAGACACAUCACUCCGUCUCUGGCAUCAACGCUUCUCAAUGGGCAGACCAGAACUACCCUGGCUAUAGCCAGCAGCAGGUUCCACACACUGCCUCGCGAGCUAGCUUCGACAUGUCCGCCCAGUAUUCCAAGAACGCGGGUCGCCAGAUGUACUCUCUGCCCGAGCAAGUCUUGGCUCCGCCAUCAAUGUACGAACAGGAAGAUGUUGACCCCACCGUCCUUCAGCAAAUGCAGAUGCACAGCCUGUUCUUGGCCCAGCGCCAGCAGCAGUUGCAACAACAGCUCGCAAACAUCACCGCCGCCACUCAAGGCGUGAACUUGAAUGGCCGCGGCUCUUUCCAUCAGCCACAGAUGUCGGUGCAACAUCAGCAGGCUCUCUAUCUCCAGCAACAGCUUCAGCAGCAGCAACUCCAGCAGCAACAGCAGCUCCAGUCUCCAAUCGAGGUACCUGGUCAACCUGGUGUUUACCUUGUGUACAACCCAGCUCUUCAAGGUUACUCGUAUGUCGUCGACCAGUCCGUUCAGCAGCAGGCACAGCAAAUAGUGUCUCCUGUCCAGCAGGCUCAGGCUCAGAACUUCCCGCAAGCACGCUACGACUCUCCGGCGCAGACCUUGAACGUCACCCCACCAGUAACAGAGCGCUCUUCGCCAGCCAAUGGCCGCUCUUUCACUCCACCAAAGAAGGCGCCAUCUCCACCUUCGACUCUCGAGCACGUUGAGCCUCUGCCACCGCCAUCUGCGACCGCCUUCCGCCGUGGUCAUAAGAAGGCAUCUUCUCUCGCUAUUGAUGCUUUGGGUGGUGUGGCAGAUGGCCCAAAGACUUCCAGCGCUGCGACCUUCGGCUCUCAACGUAGUGCAUUCCCACCUACUCCAAUGACUGGCACUUUCGGUCCAGGUGCGGCUCGUGCUGGCGAGCAUCCAAUCCGUCAACCACGCGGCCCUCCGGCAAUCGAAGAACUGGCAGCUGCACCAACAAGCAAGCACGAAGGCAGCAAGAACUUUGCCACUCGUCAACGUCGCCGUGCACUUGACAGUCUUAUGAAGGCCGGCAAUGACCGUCGUGCUGUGUCUCGCUCUUCGGGUGGCAGCCCAGUCAGCGAGUCUGACUUCAACUUCGACCGUGCCGAGGUGCGUGGUAGCAGGAAGAUGUCGCCCAUCGGCUCCGAGAUGCAGCAGAAGCGUGGCAGCCAAGGCUCCGCGGAUGGCUACUUUGGUCUGAGCUCAGCAUCUAGCAGUGAGGGCGAAGACUUUGGAGCUUUCAAGCAGCCGCCUACCCCAGCAACUCCUGUCGAUGCUGGUGACCGCAAGAAAAUGAUGUUUGGUGUGCUCAAUGCCGCUGAGAAGCGCAAGAGCCACUUUGUCUAAAGUAGGAAUCGGUGGGAAACUGGUGUUGGUUGCUGGGAUACACUUUUUUGGAUUUGAGACGGCAGGUUUCUUGGUUCGCAAUGCAUGUGCACGACCUGAUUGAUUGGAUUACCGUCAUGGGAAAGAAAGAAAGAAAUUGGAGGAAAUGGGACACAUUUUGGAGAAAAAGAGGAUUCACAAAUUCUGGAGAGAUGGAACACAAGAAGCUGCAAAGCUUUUCGGAAACAUUUCUUCACCCAGAGCUGUUACGCAGGGGCUUCGUUUCUCACGCUGUUGUCCGCUGUGCGCACGAUGGCGUGUGAGAGAGCCUUUUCUGGCGGGAUAACAACUUUUCAUGUUUGUGCAUAGUACCCUACCAGUAUCUUCACUUCGGAAGAGCUGGGAGAGAGGGAAGAUGAAAGAUUUUAUGAUUCAUUGGAUGGGGUUCAACUUGAGCAUCUGUUUCUUCUUUUUAUUUUACACAUGAUCAUCAGGAGCUACAAACUACAAUUGAUGCUCUUUUACGGCCGAA